AUGUCAAGAAGAGGCUUACGAGAUGAAGAAAUCGAACGAUUAUUGUGUGAAAUUCCAUCAGACGAGGAUUCCACUGUUGACACCACAGAUGACGAAUCUGAUUAUGAAGCAAGCAUUGUUGCGGAGGCUAUUGUGUCGUCUGAAGGCGAAGUUUCAGAGAGCGAGGAAGAAAGUGAGUCCACUCCGCCAAAACGCGCUGCUGACACAGCGCCAACUUGGGGACAACAAUUCAAUGCUACCUCAGGAAUGCAGUUCGACAGUGAAUCAGGACCAAGUGCUUUUAUUAGGGACAUUGAUGAUCCAGAACCUAUCGAUAUAUUCGAAAAAAUAUUUCCAAAAGAGCUAGUUGAGCUAAUCGUUUUCCAAACAAAUUUAUAUGCGACGCAAUCUGGCAAGUCUUUCACUCCAACAACUGACAAUGAAAUACGAACUUUCCUGGGAAUCAACAUUUUGAUGGGUAUAAAGCGUAUGCCAGCAUACAGAGACUACUGGUCUAGUGCCCCAGAACUUCAUGAUCGUUAUAUUGCAUCUCUGAUGGCAGUAAAUCGGUUUGGAUGGUUACUGAGGAACAUUCAUCUGAAUGAUAACACAUUGCAUCCAGAAAAAGGACACCCAGGUUAUGACAAACUGUACAAGCUGCGACCAGUGAUCAAGAUACUAUCUGAAUCUUUUUCCAAGUGUUACCAACCCAGCAAACACCUAGCAAUUGAUGAGUCAAUGAUCAAAUUCAAAGGCCGCAACAGUAUGAAACAAUACAUGAGAGAUAAACCCAUAAAGCGUGGUUACAAAGUGUGGAUGCUGUGUGACAAGACCUCUUACAACUUGAAAUUUGAUAUUUACACCGGAAAAGUGGAGUUGACGCCACGAUGUCGGCACAGUGUUGCCUUGGACGGAAGUUCCACGGCAGCAUCUAUAGUAAGUGCUCUCAGGGUCAUCUGCAUGUGA